GGAGCGAGAGCACACGUGACACGCUCGUCGCCAAAAGCAGGCGGAAUCCUGGUGUGCUGUCGAGAUCCUCACGUCUCUGGUCCGUUCGCUCAACGCAAUUCCGCCAUGGCUGCCGAGGAUACCAAGGAUUUCUACGUUCGAUACUAUGUCGGCCAUAUGGGAAAGUUUGGCCAUGAGUUCCUUGAGUUUGAAAUCAGACCAGACGGCAAGCUGCGCUACGCCAACAACUCCAACUACAAGAACGACAGCAUGAUUCGAAAGGAAGUGUACACAAGCCAGGCUCUGAUGAACGAAGUGAAGCGGAUUGUUAUCGACAGCGAUAUUAUGAAAGAAGAUGACAAUCUGUGGCCUCUGCCCGAUCGUGUUGGUCGGCAAGAACUCGAGAUCGUCCUGGGCGGCGAGCAUAUCUCGUUCACGACCAGCAAAAUCGGAUCCUUGGUCGACAUCCAGGAAAGCAACGACCCAGAAGGCCUUCGCGUCUUUUACUACCUGAUCCAAGACCUGAAGUGUCUGGUCUUCUCCCUCAUUUCCCUGCACUUCAAGAUCAAGCCCAUCUGAAGGACCGGACCAACCGUCGUUAUUUUUGGAGGGCCACGACAGCACAGACAUUCACAGGCCAUGGUGUUCUCUGGCGCUCUCGUUUGUUGUUCUCUCUGUAUGGACAGUUGCGAUGCUGCUUGCCAUAUCACAGCAUUCGGAAUAUGGAACGAGACAUCCUGUUUGAGGACACUGGCACCAUUUUUCUGGAUCUCGAAUAUACGCAUGUACACCCAGGA